CCUCCUCGUACGCUUGUACUCCCCUAGCGCUCCGGCAUUCAUCGAUGUUCAUCUCUACUACCACUGCCGUCCACGUUACAACGAGAUCGAGUGGCGGUACUCUCUUGGGUACAAGGUCGAUAACAAUCCUUCUUCUCGACCGGCGAAUCCUCUAGCCAUGUCCAUGGAGCUUUCGGGUAUGGACAUGAAGGAUGCACACAGAUAUAAUCAUUGGCAGUCAAUCAGCUGGGGUAUGUAUGAUGAUCUGGAUGGUGAUAAUUCUGGCCCAAAGUGGAAAAGGAUAGAAGAUGGUCAAUUUGAAUUAUCAGAGGGAGACGUCUUGGGUAUCUAUCAGACCCUGUUCGGAAAGCCAAUAGAGGAUGCGAAAGAUGAAGAGGGGGUGAUUAAGCGCAGGCGUAAACUAGUGAACACAGUACGCUUGCUCUUUGCCGUUGUUGGCAUUGGCUAUCACAUUGCAUGUGUCGAUGAGGAGAAAGACUGCGAGAGCGGAUACAGGUAUGGGGGCCCUGGAGGUAUGGGAUACAUGUUGGAAGGACUGUCUGAUACGUGGAUCGCUCGUGGAGUUCGCAGAGCCUGUGGUUUCCAGCUAACUAAGGAUCCGGAGCAGGCACUAAGUGGGACACAAGAGCGGGCUGAAAUGGAGGCAGAUGACCCUUAUGAUAACGACGAAGAAUUUGGGGAAUAUAUUACCUACUACAGGUAGGGGCUGCUAUGGCGAAAAAAAACAUUCACAAUUGAUUAUCAAUUUAACAAGAGGUAUUAAAUUACUCAUUGCUGCAUGUAAAACAUUAUGGUCUAGGUAUUCAUGCACAGUUGGGCUGUCUGGCUUGCUGUGGGCGCCGAUAUAGAACACUGUCGUGUGCGCUCAUG